AUGGCUGCCAAUGCUUCCUCUCCUUCCUUGGAGGUCAACUCUGCAACCACCCUGGAAGACAUCAUCAAGGCCACCAUCAUUGAUGACCUGCCUUCUUCACCAACAUCCACCCAGACAUCCCUUGACAUCAGCCCAGCAGAAACCAGAUUUGAUGAGUGCCUGGAUUCUCUCACCACUGAACAUCCAACACCAGAGAAAUCCGACACCAUUCAAUCUGAUCUUCAGCUUGCUCUUCAGUGUCUUCUGCCUUCACCUGCCAACAUCUCAGCCAACGACAUCUGCAGUGCAUUUCAGUUCAUCUUCCGCUCUGAGGCCGUUUCAUCCACACCAUCUGUGCUCAUCAAGUCUGUGCAACCCGAGAUGUCCAUAACCCAUCGUGAACAUCAGCUGUGGCAGAGAUUCAACAACCUUCGUCACCACCAUCCUCAACAGAUCAACGACUUGUCAUCUUUCUACAAGUACCAGAGUGCCCAAGUGGAGACAGACCGCUACUGUGCCCUUCACCAGAACUCCAACCAGCCACAUCACAUCAGGGAGAGCAUCAACCACCACUACAACAUCAUCCAUCACCGCAUCAUGGACCGUGUAGAGAACAGCCUGCAGAUCCUGGAGGAGAGUGUUCCCAAGCCAUCACCAUUCAGCACUGCCAUCACCUCCACCACCACAGAGCCUAAAAUGAUCAACCUCCGCACCAGACCAUCGCUAUCCCAGAAGUCCGUUCAGCUGAUGGAGCAGUGGUACUACAGUCACCUUGACCAUCCAUACCCAUCGUCCGACGUCAUCGAGGAGCUGGCCAGGAGAGGAGGGAUCAAGGAGGAGCAGGUCAAGAAGUGGUUCUCCAACAAGAGGAACAGAAGCCGGAGGUCAUCAGGGGUCAACAAGAGGAGGUCAUCAGGGGUCAACAAGAGUGUGCCGUGCUUCUGGUGAUUGUUUUGUGUCCAGUGUCAACAAAAGUGUUCCAUGAAUGUGGUGAUCAUUUUGUGUACAGUGUCAAAAAAGUGUGCCAUAUUUAUGGUGAUUGUGUCCAGUGUCAUCAAGAGUGUGCCAUGCUCGUGGUGACCUUGUUGUUACCAGGUUUAACAAUUAAUGUUAGUGCUAUUUUGUGAUGUGAUGAAACUAAUAUUUGAAAAGAA